UGCACAUGAGGAGAUGCUUUAAUUGCAGCACGCAGGUCUCCCUUGACGACGGUCCCACGCGGGGCCAGCCAGUCAAACGCAGCAGCAGCAGCAGCAGCCAGGCCAGGCGACGGCGCGCACCCCGGCGACCCAGCGAGCAACCACCUGCUCCACGACGACCAUCAUCACCAUGCUGGGCCAUCUCUUCUCCUUUGUCACUCCGACGCCAGUGCUCGCGCCGUACUUUCAUCCAGUGGGGCACAACGAGCAGCAGAGCACACCGCGCGCGCAGCCUUCAAAACCAAUACACGAGCGAAACGACAGCGCCGAUAGCGACGAGACCGUCUUCUUCGAGUCGCCAGAGUUCCCUCGGCCACCGCUCCCUCUCCACGGGCUCCAGCAGCACCAACCCUCGCCAGCCCAUCAUCCAACUGUCCACCACGACAGCAACGACAUGGCACGCCCAAAACAGUCGUCAAUUCACGCUCUCAACGCGUACUUUGUCGAGGCGCUGCAGAUUCCUUCCGACGAGGCCAAGCGACUCGACUAUUACUCGGGCAAGGAGAGCCUGUUGCAAAAAGCACACAUCUGGCGCCGGUACCUCCACAGCAUCGCAGCCGCCAACAACGCCCGAGAACCAGCAGACACCCCGGUGCUCGAGGCAGCGCGGAACGUCCAGUCUUGGGCCGCGACCGACCCCCCGUACUCGCUGGAAACAUGGGACCAGGUGACCCGCCUGCAUCUGGCAUUGACGGGCGCCGUGCUCGCCUGGCGCCGUAACCCGCGCGUGCGUGCGCGCAUCCUCGCUCGGAAUGUACGCGGGCUGUAUUCCCUCGGACCAGAAGCGCGCUUCAUCAAAGAGGGCUUGAACCCAGUACGCGUGCUAGGCGAGAUGGACCAGCGCGUCGAGCUGGCCAUCAACUCGGGCCCGUGGCGGCGGCAUGCACGGCGCGACAACAGCGUCGCGGCGUGCGUGCAGCCGAUGGACGCCGUCGUGGAUGUUGUCGAGAAGAUGGUUGAGACGGGCUGGGUCGACCGCGCCGUGCUAUUCCCAAAAGGAUCGCUGCUGGCCGAGCCAUCACACGAGGGGGUGAAGCGCGAGUACCGCGCCUUCCUCUCGGACCAGAUGGAUGCGCAGCGCGCAAAGCAGGCCGCCGGCGCGGCAUGCCACCGCACUGGGGCGCUGCUGGAGAAGGGUGGCUCGGUCGCCGACGUCGCCAAGGCGGCUGUCGAGUGGCCAUCAGAGUUCCGCGCGUGGCGGAUAGUGCAGCGUGCCGGACCUGGCCCAAAAACGAGCAAGAGCAUCGCCUCGACGUCGAGCAGCGAAGCGGGCAUGGAGACGCUCGAGGCGGUCGUUGCCCCACGACUUGGCCUGCGGAAUGCGUUCAACAAAAUCGCGCGUUCCACCUCACGCGACAACGAUGAGCGCGCUGCCGUCAUCUCGCCGCGGAAGAAGGGCACCAUGUUCUACCGCACAAAUAGCAUCACCGAGCAGGCGCCACCACCGAUGCCCGGCUCGCCAACACAGCCGGCGACGUCAGCGGCAGCGGCGGUGACAACAGCACAACAGGAGGCGAAGCAGCGCCGCAUCCUCCGCCCGCGCACCUCCAACGGCGGGGGUCUCUUCCGGCGCAGCUCAGCGAGCCGCAGAGAAAAGGAGAACAGCAGCCUGAAGGGCAAGGCGCGUAACGGCAGCCUGUCGCAGAGCAGCACGUCGACGUCGGCAAGCAGCAUCGCGAGCACGGACGACGCGAGCACCAUCGUGUCGGUGUCCGACGCGGCGAGUAUCCUCCAAACACCCAAAACUGUCAACAGCAGCCGCCUCGGGCCAGAGCGCAGCGCGCCGACCAAGCCGCUGUGGACGGGCCCGCUGGGCGGCGCCGGGCCGGGCGGGGUGAUGAGCAUCCCGUUCUGAUGUCCGUCCUGUAGGUUGUACGAGCUAGCUACUGUAGUGGCCAUUGUAUUCAUUUCAUUGGGG